AUGGCUGCACGGAGGAUGGAGACCACCACCAUGAUGAUCGGUCUGGUGGUGACGCUGCUGGCUUCCACCCAGGCAGCGGCGCAGAGCAACGGCUGCUCGAGCGUGAUGAUGACCCUCUCCCCAUGCCUGGACUUCAUCUCGAGCAAGUCCCCGGUCCCGGGGAUCUCCUGCUGCUCCUUGCUCACCGACAUCAUCCAGUCUGACCCCCGGUGCCUAUGCAUGGUCCUGGAUGGCAGCGCCACGUCCUUCGGCAUCUCCAUCAACCAGACGAGGGCAAUGGAGCUACCUGGAGUCUGCAAGGUCCAAGCACCAUCGAUCAGCCAAUGCACAGGUGUCUCAGGUCAACUGGCAACAACAGCACCAACACCGUCCAGCGAGCCAGUGGCGACAGAAGAGGAAGCAGCUGAAGCAGCUGCAGACGCACCUUCAGGAAACACAACCUCGAGCUCCACAAACUCAAAAAAUGCAGCAAAUUUAAUGGCCACGAUGCUUAUUCCUGCUUGUGCAUUGCUCUAUGUCUUCUAA